AUGGAGGAGAACGCCGUAAUACUGAAUAAAAGAAACUUCGGUGGUCGAAGAAAGAUUCAAAUCAAGAAAAUUGAGAAGAAGAAGAACUUGCUAGUCUCGUUUUCUAAACGUCGUGCAGGCUUGUUCAGGAAAGCUGAGGAAUACAGCAAAAAAUCUGGGGCUCAAGUUGCUAUCCUUGUCCAAUCUCCAGGUGGUAGAUUCUUUACCUUCGGUGGUCCUGACUCUGCUUCGGUAGACUCCAUUCUUGACCAGUAUCUUGCUGGCAUGAUGCCUUCAUCUUCAAGUUCUGCUUCUUGUAAGAAUGGUACUGUUGUUGAUGAUCAGGGAAAGAGUAAGCCUGUGGAGAUUGAAGAAAAUACUAUGGAAGAAUAG